UGCAGCAAAUUGUGCCGUGGUGACUUGAAAUGAAACGUUAAGGAUAUUAGACACAAUUGCAAGAAUGGCAAGGCCGUUUUCAUUAUGCUUGACAUUGCUGAUAUUUUUCGCUGUUAUCGAAGCUACUCAUAGACAGACUAAUCAGGAUGGACAGAGAGUGCAAAAUCGUGGUACAGCACGAUAUCAAAAUUCUAAAUUAAUCUCGGAAUCCAGCGACUUUACAAUCAGAUCGCCUCACGACAAGAGCUUUCGUUCAGAAACGGCUUCCAAUUUAGAGAAAAAUGAAACGCAUUUUGAGAGAGAAAGUUCCUCCAGAUCGCGAUCGAAAUUAUCAAGGACAAUCGAUAGUUCCGCUGUUACAUCACAGACGAAUGCGAGACAUUUAAAUUCCAAUGUCGACAAUUCUCGAAAUCGUUCAAGAUUGCAUACCACACAAGCGUCUAAAGAGAAAAGAAUUAAGAGUAGAUACGAUAAUAAAGAGAAUGCGCCUGAAUCGCAAGUGCGGCCGAAACAGCAGCAGAUUUCUCGAAGAACAUUUUCGGAUGCGUCUUCCAUCUGGGUAGAAAACGCGAAGUUAGAUCAAGAAGUGUCCACAAAAUCACCCGACCACCUGAGAUCAAGAACAGGAAGGAAGAUUUAUACAAUUGACAACGGGAAAGAAUCGAGAAGUCGAAUGAUUCCAUCCAGAAAAUCGGCGAGUGAAGACGCGGAAAAAAACAAAAGUCCGAUUUCCAGUAACCUGGAAAUGAAGGAAGUACGAUCGAAAUAUUCGAGAAGAAUCGAAAAUCUUACUUUAAUAGCUGAUCUAUCAAGAAUGAUGGAUCUGAAAAACACGAACGACUCUAUGAAUCGUAAAAAAGAAGGUGCAAGAGAACGGGAUGUUCUGUUGUUAAGCUCGGAGAAUAUCUUGAGAGUGGACGUUCCUUUGACAACAAUUGGAACUAGUGAAAGCGCCAAUAAUCAAAUAACCACGACAAUCUCGUCCGUGUCUUCAAGGCAAACUUCGAGGCUGGUCAAGGAAAGGGUAGAGAUCAAUGAUAUCAUGACAUCGAACGCCAAGAGGAACAAACAGUCCCUUCGAUCGAGAUCCAGGAAUAUCUCCAAUUCCGAGACAGCAAAAUCCGAAAGCGUCCCCUUUCGGAGGAAUUCAUCUAGAACAGGCGAUUCUGCGAAUGCCAGAACAAAUGGACGAUCUUCUAGUGCUAAACGUAGGUCUAAUGCGAAAAAUGUUAAUUCCAGAAAUAGAGCCACGCAUAAGUCGAGAGACUCGAACACAGCAGAAACAAGAAAUGAUGACAGAAACAAAAAUGUGGACACUAAUUCCGAGACAAAUGCGAGUGGACAGACGAAUACACGACGUAAUUUGUCCAACAAUAGACGCGCAUCUGAAGGAAAACGGGAAUUUAAGAAUGAUCGUAAAUUACAGAAAGUUACAGAAGCCAAAAUAGAAAAAUCAAAUGGCAGGACAGAGUCUGAAAAUUUGUCCAGUACAGUUAACAGUUUCGACGUUGUCACUACUCCGAGGGCGAUAAUUGUUGAAGCUACGACUGUUUUAUCUCUGAAUCCAAAAAUUGCAACAUCUGAUUCUGCUUCUACGACGAUCAGGUCAUCGACAGCCCAAAUAUCGUCUUCAACCGAACAAGUUUCUCGAAACAAGAAAAGAGACCGAAAGGAGGAUUCUCGAUCGCGGGAACUCUCGAAAACAGAUUUCUUUAAUCACGGUCUAGGCUUUCGGGGAAGGAUCUCGACCGAGGCAACUUCUUCGGCAGAUUUAAAGACUACUACGCUUAAGAGCGAGACGCAAUUAUCCGGCAAUCCUGGGUGGACUCUGAAACGCCGACCUAAUUACGUGAAUCACGAUAUCUCGUCGACUACCACCGCCGCAUCAGUUAAUCAAAAUCAGAUUGAUGAAAUUAGCUUGCCCAACGAUUCAUCGAGGAGCACUGAAAAGUCAUUAAGUGACGCGAAGGCUGCAAGAAGAGGCACUAAAAGGCCAAAAGCGAAAGAUGAGAACAGUAUUGUGUCAAGUGUUGCGUCAAAGAGUGUAACAAGAGGUAGCAAAACCUUUAAUAAAUCUGAAGGUUUCCUUGACUUACCUAAGGCGAUAGAAUCGGAGGAAAGUGACAAUUAUCCUCCUCCAUUCCGAGCUAGAUUAUCUCAAUUGAAAAACUCUAAUUUGAAACUUACUGACGAAAAGAGUACAACUAGGAUCAGCUUGCAGGCAACAAAAUCAAGUCCGGCGAAAGUUUUGUUCUCCGAAAGAUCUAAGCAGAAGCUGGACUUAGCUAGAAGAUUAAUCAAACCCGAACUGAACGUUGAUGAGAACAACUUUGUCCCUCAUUCCGGUAAAUCGCAAGUGAAAGAAAUUUCCACGGUCAAGGGAAGAAAUGUAGAAAAGACGACAAAAGCGACCAGCAAACUCAAUGUAUCACCUGAAAGUGCAGUAAUUGCAAAUACGCAGAAAGAAAAAUCUAUUACAAGAGGCAGAUGGAAAAUCUUGGAGGCUGGAAAAUCCUUGAAAGAUCGAAAUAACGAAAUUUUAUUUAGAUCCACAAUUAAAAAAAAUCGGAUAUCCUCGGAUAAAGCAAUAUCUUUGUCCAUGGAAGAAACAUCAACGAGCAGCAUCAGUAAAUUCAAUCCUCCACCACGUAGAAUUCCACUUCGCAGUACCAUAUCCGUGAAGAAAACUACUACCACGACCUUUGAUAUGACAAAAGUUCAAUCCUCAAAGUCGCAAAGUAUCCCGACGGCGCGAGAAGAAACGUCAACGUCGACAAAUAUGAUGGAGGCUAGUGACGAGAACAAUAUUGUUAUCACUACUGAACCAUUAACGUUAGAUAAAACAUCUAUUAUUGAAAGAAUUAAGUUAGAUAAACUAGAACGUGAUACUGAUGACGUACGAAAGGAAUCUGCCACAACAUUGAGCACCAUGUCGAUUACAGACGCGUCGAUGGACUCUAUGAAAGCUCACACUACAGAAUUUGUUCACGAGGUAACAUUGUCACCGACAAUCACCACAUCGAGUAGUGUACACUCGACGGAAUUGUCGAAGAACUUAUAUCCUGUUUAUAUUCCUGAUGCGAAGAAAUAUGACUCGUCGGAAGGCAAGGUUGGGGCAAAGUUUGCGAAUAAGGGUGUUUUCCAGCCUCGUUACACAAAGCAACGAGACUCGGACAAAGUGACGGUUUCUAUGGUGACGUCAAUGACCGUCGGACCUACUAGCAGAUACAUAAGGAAGAAAUCGGGCGAUUUCACGCCUUACGACACCGUUCCCAAAUUAACCAGCACAGAGGCAACAUCUACGCAGACGAAGCGCAAGGAGUUCCGUCCGCGAACGGCGACUUACAGGAGACAUUCCGAAGUACCAACUAGCCAACUGACGACUCAAUCAUCAACUAAGGCGAAUCAAGAAACGACUGUCUUUUCUGGCAAUACGUCGCCGAUAACUGAGAGUAGCAUUAGCAACAGUAGCGAAUCCAAUGUCUUCAAUCCCACUAAAAGCGCGUUUCUCAGCAGUAAUACCAACACACUGUUGGAGCAACUACGAAGUACUGUGGCACCGCUCUUGAACAACCUAAGUAACAGAACCCCCAUUUUCUCCGGAUCUUAUUCCAAUGUAAAUAUCGGGAAUUCCGCUCCUAGGAUAACGCCGAACGGUUCUCCACCGAGAUUCAGCGCAAGAUACAAAGGAGCGGAAUUAUUUGUGAGAAAACCGUCCACUAAUCAAGUUGUAAUACCAUCGAUCACAACAUCAUCGACUACAGCUUCGACACCAAUAGAGAAUACUGGCUUGGCGCCUUCUGUUCAAAUCAACAACCCCGGCGAGCCCAGAUUCAUCACUUUUUAUCAAGCAAUAGAGUCAGCUAGCAUAAGAAACGAAAAUCUGGGCGGGAAUGAUGUGUCCCAGCAGCAAAAACUAACUGGCGAGGUGACGAAGGUAGACUCUAACGCUACUGUACCUAACGGCAUCAGUAAUGAUACUGCUAACAACAAUGAUAGUCCAAUAUCCGCAUCUAUCGCAACUACAUCCUUCUCAGAUAUUAUUACUACCGUAGACAUUACCACCGCUGUUCAAUCGGCAGACCUUUCACUUGCCUCGAGAUUAGCUACGGAGAUUGUCCCCGACACUACCCCGAAAAUCACCUCGACGACGUCCCGAAUCCCUGCAAAUUCAGAAACGAGCGAGCAGAAUACUACAGCACCCAUUAUGGGACCAUCUGGAACUAACAUCUCCGAUAAUACACCGGCCAGCCCCAAUAUUUCAAGCACAUUAAUGUUACCUAACGUUAGCACGACCAAAAUGACCACGAUCGAAACGUCGACGAACGUCGAUGUAACUCUGGAAAUGUUAUCUUCCACGAAAUCUACUUCCGAUAACAUUCGAUCCACUGAAUCGAUGGAUAAAUCUAUGGAGAUAACGUCAUCAACAACUGUUGAAAUGACGCCCACUUCUCUGAACUUACAAAUGUCAACUAAUACAUCAAACACAACACCCUUUUCAAUCACCGAAAACAUAAUAUCACCGGAAACAACGACUAUGUCCAUGAUGAACGAUAUAUCUGAAAAUAUCGAGAUGAACACUGUGCAACACAAUGGAACAACGGAGAUGAAGAAUAUAGUUGAAAAUGUAGAAAUGAACACAAUAGGACAAUUCGAUAUGACAGUUCCGUCUCAAAUGAUGGAAACUACGAGUGCUACCGAGCCCACUACGACGGAAGAAAUGUCCAACAACAUAAUUGAGAUGCAAAUGACGGAAGCACCUGUUGACAUUUCUACAUUUCGCACACAAUUCAUCGAUAUUGCACAAAACAUUUUAUCCCAAUUGCAAAGCAAUUUCUCCACAAGUGAGACAUUUAUUCAAAAGCCCACUACUACGACUAUGCCCUCCAAACUAUCCACGACAAUAUCGGAAACAACGACAAACGGACCAGGGCAAGAAAUGAACAUCCAAAGCUAUCAAUCUAACGAUCAGAAAAUAAACGCAUCAGAUAUGGCUAACUCAAGUAUCAUUGAGAAUACAGGAGAUUCAUCAAUAACUACAGAAAUGGCGAUUGUCUCGCGACUUGCCAAUAUUAUUAUGAAGAACGACUCAAGGUCGUCCAAUGAUACGUUGCUCACUGAGCUAAUGACUAUUGCUAAGACUCUCUUUUCGGAAGAAAUGAAUGAAUCGUCACUCAUGCCAGAUCAGAUUUUUAAUGUUGACACGACUGUCAAUCCUGACAUAACAAGUAACUUUAUUCAAACUGACGGUAUAAUGGAAAACAAUUAUAAAAAUCAACUCAUGUUUUUGAACGAGACGUCAGAAACCAUCGAUGUGUCUUCUAUCGAACUGUCGACCACUGUAGAAAACAUUUCCGAGCGUAUAGAUGCCGUGACAAUUAGAAACGAAACAGAAGAAAGUCCUACUCUAGGAUCGGAAAUUUCGUUAAUGGAACUUAACCCUGCACAAUCCACUGAUAUCCAAAAUUCAAUUGAUGAUACAACAGCAAUAACAAUCACCCAAGGGACGGCGGUUGGCUCAAGAAUAAUCCAAUCCGAGCAACCAACCGAAACUACCACUACUAUAUCUUUCGAAUCACCCACGGUCGACACCACGACCAUCUUAUUCUCAUCAAUUGAACCGACUACGAACACUUCGACAACGACGUCGACCUCGACGACGACAACGACGACGACGACGACGACGGAGACUUCACAAACGACAUCAAUGGAAUCAUCUUCGCGAGCCGACCUAACUACCACUGCUGGGUCAAUGCUCGAGACGACAUCUUCAACUAUCGACAUUAACGAAAACCUUAUUUCUACCGAGACGACAACCAUCGAUGCUCGAGACACAAUGAUUGCUUCCGUCGAAUCAGAGAAAAUGAUGACCUCGUCAUCACCUAUCAUGAAUACAACAACUAUGUCACCUACCACACAGAUCAUUACGCCAGAUCGAAUGACGCCAAGUCCGGCGGUCACAUCUUUCGGCACCUUACCUCAGAGGCCUUAUCUGGGAUCCUUUGGUGGCAAUCAAGCGAUGGCUACGACCUCGAGAUUUGGUUCUUCCAACAAAGCGCCCGUCCGCGACUAUCAGAUUUAUGGUAUUUAUCCCAACAAGACCAUCGUGCGGAAGCGACCGGAGGACAAUUUGAUCGACGCCAGGAACAUAAACAGUCCGUAUGUGAUAUUUGGCAUCUUUCCGGAUGGCAGACUGGUUCGCAAAUUUCCCAACGGAACAAUAAUACCGGAUUCACCUAGGAACCCGGUUGAGGUUGUGUUUACGCUUAGCACUACCACUACUACUAACCGACCAGCAUUCGGCUCGUUUUAUAACCAGGUUAACCAAGCGGGCACUUAUAACCAAAUCACUCAAUCUCCGGUGUACUAUAGUGACCCGAGAUAUCAUAGUAGACCCGCGGACAAGCUGACGGGAGAUGUCCAGAGUCCCAGCCCUGUCGAUUUUGGACUUACCCGUAAUACAAUCGGCGUUCCCUCUGGAGUCGACCUGAAAUUCGCGACGUCGUUUGGUCUCCCUGCUAGCGCUCCGUGCGCAAACAAAAUGAGCGAUAUUUUAUUAAGCCUCCAAAAGCUGCCAAAUGUAGCCUCAAGAUUCGGUAAACUGCAAAGUCCAGACGGCUCUUCUAUCAUCCCGGAUCGCGAAACUAGUGAAGCUUCUCGAACAAAAAUAACAUCUGAUCAACGCAGUGCUGUAUAUAUCGGACAGGAUAAAUUUAUCAAUUAUCAGAUCGACGGUGCACCUGAGGUCAAUCCAAAAGUGAUUGAUGUGAAGAUAAAUUCAGUAGCUACUUCUCUGAAUGAAGGUACAGCAUCUACAGCGAUCCCAUCUUUUGAAAGUUUACUGAACCAGUCGGGUGAUGGUGUAAAGACAACAUCUCCUGAUUUUCCUUGGAAAGAUCCUCUCGAUCAGAUAUUCGGGAUCACUACCAAUUCACCGAUACAAACAGCAUCAGUGGCAUCGAACCAAUUGAACGAACCGGCAGAAAAUAAUGUACAGAACAUAAUGCCACGUCCUAUAAGCCCCUUGGUAGAGGUCUUCACGCCGGUUGUAAGUGGUGUAACCCUAACGAAUUCUGAAAAUAAAACAACCGCAUCAACUACUACUCCUACUACAACCAGUACUGUAUCAACCAGUACAAACAAAACAGCAUUGACUACUGCUGCUAUUAGCACAACUACUGCUACAACAACAGCUGCAAUUACAACAAUACCUACUACUACUACUACCACCAUUACCACUAGUACUACUACUACCACUUUGACAACAAUUCCUACAACGACUUUGAUAGGCCAAACAAGUAGUCCAUCUGUUAUUCCUCGGCACGCAACAACUGAUUCUUCCAUAAAUACUUUGUUGAGUAUAACGACGCGUUCAAAUAUGGUUCCAUCAUCACCUGCGACAAUAUCUACGGACAAUGUACUAAACGGAUUACAGACAAAUUCGAAGGAAAGCCCCUUUGGUACAACAUUCGAGGAUUUGACUUUCCUAAAUUCAUUGUUACAGAACCAAAACGUUAAAACAUCAUCUAAAACAUUAAGUGAAAUAGAGCAAAUGUUAGCAAACAGGAUUUUAGCGCUUGCAUUGGCUAGACCCGAAUUGACACGCUCGCCGAAAGCAAUUAACACCAUAGAUUCAAACAACAAUCUUAACUCCAUCAAAGAUGUUCCAUCUUCCGAACCAAUAAUGAUCGAUUUAUUGGCGUAUCCGUCAACGUCACCCUCAAGCGUCAGUAGUAGCACAUCAACUACAACAACUACAUUGGCACAACCUAGUAAAGCACCGAUAAGUACCACGACCAGGGCACCAGUCGUUAUCACCGCCAAACCUAAGACGACAACGCGACCCAAAACUAUCACUCGAGCGCCUACAGGAAUAGGUGUAAGCUUAUGGCGGGCGUUGUUUGGCAGCAACAAUCCUUCCGCGGCGACCACAUUAACGACUGUUAGACAAAGACCGACUUCCAGACCGGUCCAAACCACCCAAAGGUCCGUCGAGAUCACUCAGAGACCGAUUAGGCAAUCGACUACGCAAACGAGUCACAUAAUGUCCGCGAUCAGAUCGCACACAACGCCGAGGAGCGUAGAUAUUUCGGAUAUCAAAGUGACAUCGUCGACCAAAUCUGACGAGAACAAUGUGAAUCCUGUUUCCGUUUCGACGCCAAGUUCGAUUUCAACGCGACAGACACUCUUGAAUAAUCCAAACCCAAGAUUGACCGACGUCCCUACAUCUACGUACUCAUCCGAGGACGACGCAAAGUUCCUGAUCUCGCUCUUGCAAGCUGUACAAACAGAAACGAAAUCGAGCACCUCUGCAAUGACACAAAAUAAAGUAACCGAGGAUGAUGAAGCCUUCUUGAGAGCGAUAUUAAAUAAUCAAGCUGUUAUUUCGACUAUGUCACCAUCGUCUACUGAAGUAAAUAAUGCUGCUUUGCUCGCAUUACUUUUAAAACAGCAAGGCAUAGAGCCGUCAACACCAGCGAUCAAAGUUAGGGAACAAUUGCAAAUAGCUAGCCUGGACUUAACUACUGCUCGGCCAAUGACAACUAAUAGACCGAUCUCCAGCACUCAAUCUGUGAUUACCACGAAAAGAAGGACAAGUACACCGAGACAAUCAUUCAGAUCAUCGCUACGAACUCCCAGUUCAACAUGGUCCCCCAGUUCAACGUAUCCACGUCCUCUCUUCGGAGAAAAUUCGGGUAGUGGACUAUUUACUGCUACUCGAGCCCUCGGUCAAUUUCUUGGCGCUGCCAUUACGGGUGCAGCCCAACAAUUACAAUCUUUUCUAAGAAGAAAUAGUACCAGAAGCAUAACUGGAUAAUAUUAGAAAAUAGAAUAGGGCAAUAUAUACUAGCGUUUCGCGCAAAGUGCGGGUCUCAAAGCUUUUCUUCCUCAAAGAUUUUACUUUUUUUUAUAACUUAUUUUUAUUAGUUUUAUUUAUAGAGUUCAUUAUCAGUUUAUCUAUACUAUUUAUAUAAAAACACAAAGUUUGUCAGUUGGAUAGAUUUAUAUUUGGUGAAAAAUAAUAUAUAUCAAUUAAUUAUUAUGUCGAUUAUUGGUGUUUGAGAUUCAUUUCAAAUAUAGACGGAUUGAAAUGAAAUUUGAAUCAAUAAAGAUUUUCACAAUUAAUUGUUGAUCGCCAGUGAUAAAUUUGAACAAAUAAU